AUGUGGACUGCCAUUGUAUUCGUCCUGCUGAUUUCCUUCUGUUUAUGUGAACACAGGUUUUCUAUCUUGAAAGGGAGAGGAGUCCAUGUAGUGCAAAUAAACAGGCUUACAACUGAAGAGCAGUGCAGGCAGGCUUGUCAAAGCCCAGAUGCUUCAGGUAACCAUCAGUGUAAUUGGUCUGUGCCCUACCAGAAUCGCUGCAUCCUCUUGCAAUGUCAUCAGUUGAGCAUGUGCCAGAAUGCUGGAGAACAAGACAUCAAAGAUCUGCUUGAAGAAAUUGUCGGUGGGAAAAGGGAAACAGUCCUGUUUAAGCACCAAAGCUAUCCACAGAAAAAGGAGAGGAUGGUGAAUGCAUGGGUUGAGCAACACAACGUGGAAAACCUGUUUUCCUCAACUGCUUGGACUCGCAAGAUUCACUUGAGGCAUUUGCUUGGGGUUGAGAAUGAAGAUGUAAAAACAAAUGCAAGAAAAACAACUGCAAGCAAUGCCAUCACCGCCACCGCUGCCACCACCGCCACUGCCACCACCGCCACAGCCAUAACAACAAACGUUACAAAUGCAACUGUCCUCACUACAACUUAUGAAACAACUGCCAAAGUCCCUGGAGGUUCUGGUCAACUUACUGUAGCCAUGUCAUCUACUGCUUCUUCUCCCACUGCUGGUAACAUCCUUGCUUCCACUUCCAGCUAUGUCACCAAGCUUGUGACCACCACUGAAAAAUCGGGAAAUAGUAGCUCUGUGUCAGUAUUGUCCCCCACUUCUAAUUCUGCUCCCCUCACUCUCAUUUCUGAAGCAGAUGCUCAAAUGCCUCAAACAGGGCAGUUUAACCCAGCCACCACCAGCACUCCCCACUAUAGUAGCCCCACCACUGUUGGAGCUGGCCCAAAGACGCUGACCACAACAUUGACCACCCUUAUCUCGCAGCAUGCAGGAACAUCUUCCAUGGCUUCCACUCAUGUCACGGCACUCACCCCCUUGGAGAGUUCACGCUCUGCGAAUCCACUGCCUGUCGUUACCUUGCUACAUCUAAAGCCAGAAGCAAGUACGGCCACAACAUCCUUGAGUAAAUCAACGUCUCUUCUGGGCUCUGCCAGAGGUGUCACGGUCCUAACGACUGCCUCUACAGCAGAAACUACGAUUGGGCAUGAGAUAAAGUCAACAUCUCACAUUUUUUCAACAACCACGGCUCCAGCAGAUGCACCCAAAACAAUAGCUUCGGGCCUUGCAGAAACUCAGGACACGGACAAUGAGUAUCUUCUCAUUGCUGCCAAGCCCCUGACUCAGUACUUAGUGGAUAGAAGUUCGCUUCUUGCAGUGCUUUUAGUCGGUACGUUUUUUUUCAUAACUGUUAUAGUUCUUUUUCUUAUGCAGGCCUACGAGAGCUACAAGAAGAAGGAUUACACACAAGUGGAUUACCUGAUCAAUGGAAUGUAUGUGGACUCGGAGAUUUGAAAGGGUGGGGAUGAAACAGUAGGCAGAGAGAAAGAAAAGAGAUUGAAAGCCUGCCUGACUUGUUUUUCUUUCCUAUUUGCCUAUAACACAAACUGAAAGUGCUUCCAAAUUUACUUCUAGUGCAAUUGAGGAGAAAUGCCAUGUACUGUAUUAAGAAAAAAAAUAAUAAUAUUUUUUAUUCAACCGUGCAACAAGUUGCUGUAAAAAAAAGAAAGGUAGUAAUUUUAAAAACUUACAUAAUGCACAACAGCUUUGGCCAUUAUUUUUCAUUGCAAAACGAACUUAACAAGGGGUAAGCCAUCAUUCUCGGAAAAUGCUGUGGCGCUUUUUCAACUGUUUACAGUGCAAGUUCCUUGUGUUUCAUUUGUUUCACGUGUGCUCCUCUGAAAACAGAGCAAAGGAUGCUCUCACCUUUUGUGAAGUGCUCGGAAAUUGCGAGGUGAGAAGUACGGAGUAAUGCUGCAACAGGGAACUUUUAAUCCAAUGUCUGUCAUGUUUCGGUAUGCUUCUUGCUUGUAAAGAGGUCUGUUUACAAGGCAUUGUAAACUCUGUUUACUGCUAACCCAAGAUAUCUUUUCACCAUGGAGCGGAUUACUGUGCCUCUGCACUUAAAUUAUCUUAUUUUUGUAUUCACUUAAUAAAUGGGGCCCUGGAAGGGUAUAUC